AUGUUUCCAGUUCAUGCUGAUCGAAUUAAAAUGCAAACAAUAUGUGCUUUAGUCAAUGAUGAGUGGAUUCGCAUUGAUGAUAAUAGUAAAGAAAGCCGAAAUGCAGCCCAACUGGAUGACAACAGCUCAGUUCGCAGCAAUAACUAUUACAGCCAUGUUUUGCCGUUCGUACGAGCGGAUCGUUGCAGGGGAAUUGGUACUCGACAUUUCUGGCAUACUGCCAAAUUCGGGUCCUUCGUUGAUGUGAAAGGUGUUUAUCAUACAACUUACCACUUUGAUGGAAAAGUUCUAAUCGAUUGUAUCACUCCAUUGGUCGCCAAUUUAUUCUAUCUUUUGAUCGCUUUCUGCUUUGUUAUUGCCGUAAAGUCCAUUUUGGCCUGCAUUUUGAGUAUCAUUUCAACAUCAUCAGGAUUUCUUAAUUGGCUCAAGCGAAAUACAAUCCUGGAGAUGAGUAGCAUGAUACUAGCAGUAAUAUCGUGUAUCAUAACUCUUGUUGUGGGAGCAAUGAUUUAUUCGGUGUAUCCAUUUUCGGGUGUAACAGUAGGUGCAGGUUCAGUGUUCAUUGCAGUAAGUGGUGUUAGCUCAUUUUUCGCUGCAGCGGUAAGCUUACGAAGAAAAUACCGUGUUGCUCGUCAAAGACGACUUGAAAAUCAACGUCUGUUAUGCGCACGUUCACUUCGUUCGUGGAGAGAAGUUAGCCGUCGUCCUGAAGAUAUGCAACCAAUCAUAGAUUUUGAACGUUAUCUGGAUUCGUGGGCGACGCCGGUUGAUACUCCAUAG